UACCAGUUGUAAAGCAGACUUGGGAGAGAGAAGCUGCCCUCAUUGAAUACUACAGUGAUUAUGCAGACAUCUCCAUUCCUACUAUAGAUUUAGGCAUACCUAAUACUGACAGAGGUCACUGUGGGAAAACAUUUGCCAUUUUGGAAAGGUUUUUAAAUCGUACCUCUCCCAGAACCCCUUGGCUGGUCAUAGUGGAUGAUGACACACUGAUCAGUAUCUUCAGACUCCGAAAAUUGCUGAGCUGCUAUGACCCAGAUGAACCAGUAUUUCUUGGAGAACGUUAUGGUUACGGCUUGGGAACAGGAGGAUAUAGUUAUAUCACUGGAGGAGGAGGGAUGGUUUUCAGCAGAAUAGCUGUUCAGAAACUGCUUGCUAGUAAAUGCCGGUGUUACAGCAUGGACGCGCCGGACGAUAUGGUCCUUGGGAUGUGUUUCAGUGGCUUGGGAAUCCCUAUAACACACAGUCCACUUUUUCAUCAGGCAAGGCCAAUGGACUACCCAAAAGACUACCUUUCUCACCAAGUUCCAGUAUCAUUUCACAAGCAUUGGAAUAUUGAUCCAGUGAAGGUAUAUUUCACAUGGCUGGCACCAAACACAGAAGAGUCACAUAAAGGAAAAAAAGUUGGAUAUAACAGAGAGGAUUUAUAGGCAGUAGAAGGAUGUGUUAAUCAAUGUUCUACUGAUGAGAGACAGUCACGACUGUGAUACUUGU